CUAAACUUUGUUAAAUAUGAGAUAUUUCUAAUUUCUUUUGGGAGUUUAGACCAUAGGUAUCGUUCCAAAUAUCUGAUCGAAUGUUUACCAUAUCCAACAGUGUUGAAAUUCGGGAUAUUAUUCUCAGUUUAAAUUGUACUUGAGGGACUUAGUUACAAAUACGUCUAUAAAUAUGUACGUAAUAGACCCAUAUGAUAUUUGAACAUAGCUGGUGAAAUAUCCUGCAGUCUCCCAUUAUGAAGUGUGCUGCGACUGGAUUUCUUUAACAGUUCAUCAUUAGUAAACAAGUUACUACUGAACACAAUAGGGAGUGCUCUUUCCUGAGGCUUUUCUAAUUUUCUAAUAAAUUAAGUCAUACUGAAUUUACAGACAUUAAUGACUGUGUAAAUCACACUUGUCAAAACGGUGGCUCUUGUCUGGAUGGCAUCAACAAUUUCACUUGUAACUGCCUUAAAGGGUAUACUGGGAGUCAUUGCCAGACACGUAUGCUGCUUUGAAGCAAAAAUUUGGCUUUCUUACUGAAUGCAAUUUCAGUUAACCAUUAAUUCUUGAAACAGUUUGACUUGCACUUUUAAAAGAUCACUCACGUUAUAAAUUGUACUUCUAUGUGUUUGUCAGACAUUGACGACUGUGUUAAUCACACAUGUUUGAACGGUGGGUCGUGUGUAGAUGGUGUAAACAAUUACACUUGCAGAUGUGUUGCAGGAUUUAAAGGAGAUCGCUGCGAGAAAAGUAAGACGGAUGGAAUUUCAUUGAUGUUAAAUAGAUAUUUGAUGUCUUUUCAGUCAGUAGAUUAAAAAAAAAGCACUGAAAAACUAUGUAAGGAGAGUCGAUAAGAAAUGUAAUCAGUGAUAGAGAAAAUUACUAAUAUAUUCUUUACCUUACCGAUUCGCUACUGGUUUAUGUAAAUCAGAUUUCUACAGUAUCUUUGCGAGUGCAAUGUAUCAGCUUCUUGUAAAUUUGCAUACUGUGCCUGCGUAGUUCACGCAAUGAACAAAACAUAAUGCAAAAGUCAGGUUUACAAUAAAGCACCACCAAAACCUCAGUUAAAAAAAAUUAUGGGCUUUUCUGCUCUGGCCAAUAGACUAAACUAGGGGUACCUUCCGGUAAGUGCCAACGAGGCGAAUUCGUUUAUCUUUUGUGGAAUGUGCCUAUUCAGAUCUUCGCGAUAUUUUUUUUCAUAAUUUUAGAGGUUUAAAAUGGAUUCCGCAAAAGAAAAGGAUGACACCCAAGUUCAAAACAACAACUUUGGCACAUUCUAGGCUUUCACUAAGUUAGCACUUAAAUUUCUUGGAAAAUUCCAUUGUAUCAAAACUAUAAACGUUAGAAGGUUAGUUUAAAUGAGGCCUUUGACUGCGGCAAUUAAAAGUUAUAAUUAAAUUCCGAGCAACAGCCUCAUCAGGGAUAAGAAAAAUAUUUUGCGUGGUAAUAUACACCAAAAAAUAUUGGUGUAAAGUAAAUGUGUGAAAAGCGCAAGAAUGGGGCGGAAUGUAUCGGAGGUAUAAAAAUAUAAACUUGAAUAAAAUACAAAGAUCUAAUGAGCGAGUGUCACAGGACAAAGAGUCUCUUGAAAGGCAUAAUGAUAGUCUUCAAGAAAACGUCCGCAAAUUCGUUGCAUUCCUCACGGGAGUUGUGAGCUGUCUCAAUGUAAAUCGAGCAGCAAAAAAACAUGCUGGUUGACAAAAUCUCUCGAAAGACAAAUAAAUUUUAACAAAAAAAGGUCCGCAAAUACUUUGCAUUCCUCACGGAAGGUGAGGAUUGGCCCAAUGUAAAUCGACCUGGGAAGAACACGCUGGUUCUCACAAAAGUUUUGAGAAUACAACCCUAGGCCUUGAUCAACUACCGCUUAAUUCACAAAGGAAAAGAGAACACUGAAAACCCUGGUUCUGAGUCGAGAGGCGAACACGCUACCUCAGUGUAAAUCGAGCUGCAAAGAACAAGGUGGUUGUGACAAAAAUGUGAGCGUAAAACCCUAUUCAUUGAUUAGCUGCUGCUUUAAACGCAAUUUAUAAAGCAAACCAGAGCACUAAUUGUCCUUUCAAACUAGAAAUCGUAUUAAAUCUUGCUCACCUGUUAGGUCCUCUUGAACAGACAACGAACAGCUGCACACUGAAUCACCCGAUUUCGGACCACGAGUUGUAAAUACAAGACCAUGACGUCACUACCCAAAUAUGGGGUCUUACUUACGCCCAAAUAUGGUCAAAUUUUAGAGGGUUACGCAGAAUUUGAGAGUUUUUGCCUACAUUGCACGGCGUUAUAAUUCUGUCGCCGAGGUAUCCUCGCUUCUUAGCUCGGUUGCCUCGUUAACAAUAACCAAGGAGUUACAUCAUAGACAGACAUUAGAAGGUAGAACUACGACAUCGGCUUUGAAGUUAAUAUUUUCUCCCAAAUCACUUUAUUUUUCUAGAAUUUAUUUCUUAUACUUAAAAAGUAUCUAAAAUCUUAUGCUUACGCAGAAUUUGAGAGUUUUGGCCCACAUUGCGUGGCGUUAUAAUUCUGC